AUGGAGAAGACCGACAGCAAUUCUCAGCAUGUCGAGGUUCCGGCCACCAGCCCUAGUGCCAUGGAGUCCGGCAAGACCGCCGCUUUCUAUGUCGAAGAUCGAGUGUCCCACCUCUCCGAGGAGCAUCGCCAGUAUCUGUUGGCGCGUCAUGGAACCCUCGAUCUAGACCCUAUUCCCGAUAUGAACGAUGCCGAUCCCUACAAUUGGCCCCGAUGGAAGAAAAACCUCAACUUGGGACUCGUCGUCUUCCACGCCAUGAUCGGUCUCUUUACCGCCUCCUCCAUUCAAUCCGCUUUCGUCAACAUCGCCGCCGAUUUGGAUGUUAGCAUGCAGCGGACUAGUUAUCUCGUCUCGCUGUUCAUUGCCGUCCUCGGUGGUGCGCCUCUCUUCUGGCGUCCGCUGAGCAACCGUUACGGUCGUCGUCCCAUCUUCUUGAUUUCCCUGUUCUGUGCCAUGAUUGGAAAUAUCGGCUGUGCCAACAGUCACUCUUAUGCUACUAUGGGCCUGUGCAGAGCCAUCACUGCUUUCUUCAUUAGUCCCGCUGCCGCCAUUGGAAGUGCCGUCGUGGCCGAGACUUUCUUCAAGGCGGAUCGUGCUCGCUGCAUGGGUGUUUGGACUUUGAUGGUUACUCUCGGUGUUCCAAUUGCUCCUUUCUUGUUUGGUUUCUUGGCUCUGCGUAUCUCCUACCGCUGGAUCUAUUGGGUUCUCGUCAUGAUCAACGGCGUUCAAUUCAUCCUUUACCUCUUCCUCGGCUCCGAGUCCCUUUAUGUUCGCGAGGAGGGUGUUCCCAAGCAAGUCGCCGCCGGUGAAAAGGACAGCCUUUUCAAGUUCCGCCGCAUCGACCCUACUCCCCUGCGCCUCUGGGACUUCAUCCAGCCCCUGAGCUACUUCUCCAAGCCAGCCGUUGUCAUCCCAGCCGUCGCAUAUGCCAUGAUCUUCUUGUGGGGUAGCAUCAUGCUCACUAUCGAGAUCCCCCAGAUCAUGCCAGAGCAAUUCGGCUUCAACACUCAGGAAGUCGGUCUGCAGUUCUUGGGAAUCAUUCUCGGCUCCGUCAUCGGUGAGCAGAUCGGUGGUCUGAUCUCCGAUCGCUGGAUGCUUCUCCGCCAGAAGUCUACUGGCGAGCGUCCACCCAACGAGCACCGUCUCUGGCUGGCGUACAUUGGUCACGUCCUGACUAUCUGUGGUGUGGUUGUUUUCGCUGUUCAGAUGGGCAAGGCAGGUGAUAAGUGGAACAUCACACCUAUUGUUGGUGCUGCUAUUGCCGCUGGUGGUAACCAGAUUGUUACUACUAUUAACAUUACCUACGCUGUGGACUGCUAUCGCCCUGAUGCUGCCAGUGUGGGUGUGUUUAUUACCUUUGUGCGACAGACAUGGGGCUUCAUUGGACCUUUCUGGUUCCCCGACAUGUUCGCCGAUCUUGGCUGGAACACUGGUGCCGGUAUUGCUGUUGCGUUGAUGGUGGGUGUUAGUGUUAUCCCCACAAUGCUCCUGCAAUGGCGCGGUGCCUCUUGGCGCUAA